AUGGGGGACUUCAACGUUGAUGGGCUUAAACCUGAUAACCAUUACUAUACCAGAUUAGUCGAUACCUUGAACUCAUUUAAUUUAUUGCAAAUUAUUACUGAACCCACGCGAAUUGCUCCUCACUCGUCUACAUUAAUUGAUUUUAUUAUUGCUGGAGAUGCCGUUUCUGUAGCGAAUAGUGGAGUUGUUCCAGUGCAUGAUAUUGCUGAUCACUCUCUUGAUUAUUGUCAUUUUAUUCUUGAUGUGAUAGUUACACCAACCACUUUGAUAUAUCGCAAUUUCAACAAAAUUGACCUACCCUCUUUUAAUAAUGAUUUGUUUGCAAUACCAUGGUAUCAUAUGUUUGAUAUUUCAAAUUUAGACGAUAAAAUCGAUUUUUUCAAUAGUAAUAUGCUUUCUUUAUUUGAUAAGCAUGCACCUAUGUGCCCACAUAAGGGUAAGUUUGGUGAUCCCAAACCUUGGAUUACGGAAAACGUUAAACGUAUGAUAUCACUUCGUAACUCUGCUUUUAAACGCUUCAAACGAACUUCCAACGUUGCUCACUGGGACUAUUACAAACAACUUAGAAAUUUCACAACCACCGCAAUUCGCAAUGAAAAGAAAUGCUACUUAACCCAAGUAGUAAAAAGCUGCAAUGCUAAACAACUUUGGAAGAAACUGAAUCAACUCCAAUUAUUGAGCAAGAAGAAUAAUUAUAUUCCUACAAAUUUUGCAGAUGCAGAUGAAAUUAAUAUGUAUUUUUCUUCAACGCAACGCAGUUGCAUACCUGAUUUCGAACUCUUGGAUUACUAUAGCAGUAAUAAAUUUAACCCAAAUAGUUGUUUCACUCUUUCCGAAGUUUUGGAGGAAGAUAUUACCAAAAUAUUAUUUAAAGUGUCAUCUAAUGCUACUGGCGUGGACGGCAUCAGUAUAAUUAUGUUAAAACAUUGUUGCCCUUUUCUAACUCCAUAUAUAACUUAUAUUAUAAACUAUUGCAUAAAAUCUUAUUCCGUACCUUCUGUGUGGAAGUGUUCUCUUCUUAAACCUAUUGCGAAAGUGGCAUCACCUAGUGGUAUAUCCGACCUUCGUCCUAUAAGUAUAUUACCUGCCCUCUCAAAAUUACUGGAAAAAGUUAUUGUUGCGCAGUUGACUGACUAUAUUAAUCAACUUCAUGUCCUCCCCGCUACGCAAUCUGGAUUUCGUGCUGGGUAUGGUUGCCCUGGAGCACUUCUCGAUAUUGUUGAUGAUAUAUUAAAAGCUGUGGAUCAAGGUUUAUAUUUGGCGUCAGAAGAAGGGAAGGAAUUUCCCAUUACAUUAGUAAGGCAGGUUGGUUGA